GAAGGCGCAUCCAUAUUCCAUAAGCACACGCAUCUCUAUGCUUCCAGUGGGCUGGUGCGGUAAACGCCCUGUGAGAGAUUCCCGAGAGGCGGUGUCAUUUUUUUUAUUAGGACUGUAACUUCUAGAAGAUUCUAUUUAUAUUAGAUAGCUGCAAUAGCUCAACAAGAACUCAGCCCUCGUACCCGAGAGAGGCUUUCGGGAAUCGUAUGACCUGCUGCCGCUCAUCCGAAAGAUAACCGACUGUUGACCGCAGCUUUCUCGCUCCUUUUCGAGCGUGCCGCACCGGACGCCGCGCGUUAGAAAACAAGACGUUUUGGAGGAUGUACUACAACACCGCGCAACGGCAGGAAGAACUUGGAUAUUAGGAUAAGAAACACCGCUCUUCGUUUUGUAAAAGAGCUUGACAGUUGAAAAAGGGACACUGACAGCGCGACAAUGCCAGAAGAAAAAGUGUUUCACCAGCAGGCUGUCCACAGCCCUCUGGAGCAGGGGGUCAGCAGCAGCAGCUCCAUCCCCUGUCAGAACUGUGGCAAGGCCUGCAAGGGAGAGGUGCUGCGCGUGCAGAACAAACACUUCCACAUCAAGUGCUUCGUCUGCAAAGUGUGUGGCGUUGACCUGGCCCAAGGGGGGUUCUUUGUGCGCCAGGGGGAGUACAUCUGCACCCUGGACUACCAGCGGAUGUACGGCACGCGCUGCUUCAGCUGUGAGGAGUUCAUCGAGGGAGAGGUGGUGUCGGCCCUUGGCAAGACCUACCACCCACGCUGCUUCGUCUGCGCCAGCUGCAAACAGCCGUUCCCUGCCGGUGACCGCGUGACGUUUAACGGUAAAGAGUGUAUCUGCCAAAACUGUACAGAGCCCCUGCCUGCCAACAGCCCUGCUCCCAUACAGGCUGUCCACAACUGCUGUGGCUGUGGGAAGGAGUUUAAGAACGAGCAGUCCCUGGUAGCGCUGGACAAACACUGGCACCUGGGCUGCUUCAAGUGUAAGGUGUGCAACAAGGUGCUCAACGCAGAGUACAUCAGCAAGGAUGGGAUCCCCUACUGCGAGGUGGACUACCAUGCCAUGUACGGCAUCCAGUGUGACAGCUGCAAGAAGUACAUCACCGGCAAAGUACUGGAGGCUGGGGAGAAACACUACCACCCGUCAUGUGCCCGCUGUGCCAGGUGUGAGCAGAUGUUUGGAGAGGGAGAGGAGAUGUACCUGCAAGGCAACUCUAUCUGGCAUCCUCCCUGCAGACAGGCAGCCAGACAGGAGGAGAAGAGUAAGAAGCAGGUCCGGAUACAGCUCAAUGACGUCUCUGAGCAGCAGGUGACCAGGACCUCCUCUGAGAGCAUCACCUCUGUCCCAGCCUCCAGUGCAUCUGGCUCUCCCAGCAGGGUCAUCUACGCCAAACUAGGAGAUGAGAUGCUGGACUACAAGGACCUUGCUGCUCUGCCAAAGAUCAAGGCGAUCUACAACAUCGACCGGCCAGACAUGCUCUCCUACGCUCCUUAUGUCAGCUACCCCUCAGAGGAACGACACUACGGAGAUGGCGACGGAGAGAAGUCUCCCCGUCAGAGGAGGCCCUCCAGCCCCAGCUCCAACAGCUCCCAGGGGAGGUAUGGAGGGUACACCCCGUCCCGCUCCCCCCAGAACUACAGCAGGCCAGAGGAUCUUUAUAUGGCCAGUAAAGCAAUGGGUAAUAGAUACAAUGGCCAGCCCCUUGACUCCAGCUCCCUCCCCCGCUCCUCGGCCUACACGGGGGGGCCUAAGUACCUCUCCCCCUUGGCUAGGGACUUCUCUUCCCUCCCCAUGCACUACUCAGAGGGCCUACCCCCUAAGUACCCUGGGGCGCUGCAAAUGCCUGGGGGGAUGACAGUGCCUGGCAGAAUCUCUCCCAGGGGCAGAGUCUCUCCUGGAGGCAGAAACUCUCCUCUGCCCCUUAACCCUACCACACUGGCCAUGCUCCAGCAGCACAACUAUGUGCCCUACUUCAGAGGCCUCAAACAGGACCCCCUACUACCACCUGAAUCUAAACCUAAGACGUCCCUGCAUCUCAAUUUACCUCCUCACAGUCACGGUAGUGAAAGUGGUCGGAGUACACCCAGUUUGUCCACCUAUUCCGACGGCAAAUCUCCCUCCUCCACCUAUGUGGCUGCUCCCAGGCAUUUCCACGUACCAGAGACUAAGGUCAAGAUAGAUAAUAUCUAUAGAAAACCCCCUAUCUACAAGCAGCAUGCCUCUAGAACAUCCUGGCCAGAAGGGGACGACGUCAAGACAAGGACCAGUUGGAUGAUCUUGAAGAGUGAGAUAGACGGCCAACCUCUCCCAGAGGACCUGCUGGACCCCAGGAAGUCCACCUGCAGCCUGCCUACUGAUGCCUCCCUGCCCAGCUUCCCCUACAGCAAGUCUGCUUCCCUGCCAGGAUAUGGAAAAAAUGGCAUAUACAAGGAGGUUGCCGACCAUGCUGAGGAUGAGCCAGACCAGCAGGACUCCCACAGCUGGGGAGGAAUGAGAGAGUACAAGGUGUACCCAUAUGAGGUGCUGGCUGUGACUCACAGGGUGAGGGUGAAGCUACCCAGAGAUGUGGACCGUACCAGACUGGAGAGACACCUCUCCCCAGAGGACUUCCAGCAUGUGUUCGGGAUGACCCUGGACCAGUUUGACCGCAUGGCCCUGUGGAAGAAGAACGACAUGAAAAAGAAGGCACGCCUUUUCUAAAGCCAAGUGACUGUAACAGGGAUAGAAAUAGCAUCUCUAGUCUACAACGUCUGUCAGUCUGGAUGAAAGGAAAUCAGAAAGAAAAAAAACCCAUCAGAAAUCAUCUAUAUAUGCACCGCCAUACGACGUUGCGCCUGCGAAACAUCAUCUCUGCCAGAAUAAGGAAGGUGGAGACAUUUGCACGAUGUUGCCGUGACCGACAUCCAACGUCGGGGCAAUGUUCGUCACAUAUAGCUUUUGUAUGCGUUGUGGUCUGAAUGUUAUUUUUUUAUAACCUUUGGGGAGGUGGGGGGGAGAUGCAUUUGCAUGGCCCGUGACACCACUCCUCCUCUUCCCCUCUCCCCGCCUCUAUGUGAGUUCUGCAUCCCCCACCCCCUUCCUCCCCAAAAAGAGAAAUAGGCUUUUUUCUCUUUGUCUCUGUUUCUUCCUGGUUCAACGUCUGCCUCUUCUACGGUCUUUAUCUCGACUUGGAACAAUAUCUCUGUCUGUUUUCUAUCUGUUUCGUUUUCCCCUCUUUUAUCAUUCCUGCUAUCUGUUUUUCUUACCCUCUCUUAUGGUCUCUCUCUCUCACUUGAUCUUUCCUUAUCUACCAUGUCUCAUUUAAGGUCUCUCUCUCUCUCUCUCUCUCUCUCGCUCUCACCCCCCUCUCUCUCUCAU